GCGAAGGCAGACAUGGAGGAGCUGAGCGCCGUGGGAGAGCAGGUCUUUGAUGCGGAAUGCAUUUUAAACAAGCGGCUGAAAAAGGGAAAGUUGGAGUAUCUGGUGAAGUGGAGGGGAUGGUCAUCCAAACACAACAGCUGGGAACCCCAGGAAAACAUCCUUGACCCAAGACUGUUGGCGGCAUUCAACAAGAAAGAGCAAGAAAAGGAACUUCUUAUACUUAAGAAAGGGAAGAGGCCCAGGGGACGACCACGGAAAAUUCUAGAAAAUGUGCCUGAAGCAACAAAGUCAAGCAGCUCUUCAUCAGGCUCAUCAUCAUCGUCUUCUGAUUCCUCAUCCUCGUGCUCGUCCUCUUCAUGCUCUUCAGAGGACGAUGACGACGAUAGCAAUGUCACACCAGCAACCCCAAAUGUGAGAACACGAGACCUUCACCCUGUCCCUCAGAAGAAGGCUCAGAUCCUUGUCGCAAAACAGGAGCCCCCAAAGAAACGAAGCAGGAAACCUCCGUCCCCUGAAGUGAAGGAAUUUCAGCAGAACAAGGGCCCUCGCAAAGUUCUGAAGGCUUCAAAAGAUGCAGAUCUUCCAGGAGCAAUCAAGAAGCCUGUUCACCCAGCAAGCUUCACCUUCAUGGGUUUUCAUCGGGGUUCGCCAAGGGAUACAGUAGGCAGUCAGAACAAGAGCUCUGUGACUCAGGGCGGGGCUGUAAAAAGCUCUGUGGGAUCAGAGAGGUCAGUCCAACCCGCCUCCCUCUCCCUGAACAAAUCGAGCCAGAGCAGGAAUGUCACUGAGGGUAAACUGUCCAUCUCCAGCGUGAGCUGCAGGACAAGUCUGGAUUUGAAAGCAGCUGCUAGUAAAUCAAAAGGGGUGGCAGCAUUGAAUUUGAAUACAUCCAAACACCUCAUUCAAGGAACCACUCAGCAUACACUAAGCUCCCCCAAUGGACAAAAGAAAGCCCAGGCCCCUGCGUCAACACCGCAGCGGUUACCAAAUUCUAAAGCUGUGGCUGCCUUACCUUCUAAAAAUUCCUUGUCCAAUCACGGUUCUGGCCCUCAGCCACUCAAUCUUCAGAACAAACUUGUGAAAAGCAACGCUGUUCCUGGAAAUGGUACUGCUCCAGUAUCAGGCCUGAGAAAUGCAACACUACCAGCACGGAAAAUUACUGCCUUGCAGGAUUAUAAUCCUCCAAAAAGCCCUGCUAACCCUGGAAGACUUCAGGCCAGAAAGAGCCAGUCUGGGGUAGACAUGGUCAAGGAGGCGACUGAGAUCCAGACCCCCAGAGUCCAGGGCAGGCUGGUGAAGGGCAGUGUGCAGAAAUCCUCCACGGAAGUCCAGAUUCAGCAAGACAGAUUGGCCCCCAAAGACGGCAAAAAGGCCAAAAUUAAUGAGAUGAGCACGGGUGAAGAGGAGAGCGGCUCGGACACGGACCAGGAUUCUUCUUACGUUGGACAGGAUGGCUCGGUAAUGGUCCAGAACCAGGACUGGAAGCCCACCCGCAGUCUGAUAGAACACGUGUUUGUAACAGAUGUCACUGCUAAUCUAGUUACCGUCACAGUCAAGGAGUCGCCAACCAGUGUGGGCUUCUUCAGCAACUACUAACGGUAUUCCAGACACUUCAAACCAGAUGGGCUUUGAAAGCAAACAGAGGUUUUGGGGUUCAGAAGGAAUUUAAAUAAACCUUUUGCGAAUUCCUGAAGAAUGCAUCAGGGACCAGGAGUUCAUUUGCGCUUUAUCUUCUUUUAGUAAAAGACCAGUUUUUUAGGUUUAGAAAAAAAGAGAGAUCCAAAUGUGAGUUAACUAUUGUUAUUAUUUAUUUGUCUACAAAUUGUUCAAGAAAAGACAGAGAGGACAGGAAAAGGUCCAAAGAGGUUGCAAAGAGUGACAUUAUGGUCUCGCUUGACAAUAAUGUUUUUUGGUUUCAUUCAUUCCAAAAUUGGGCUACUACUUUGGUUUUGGAUAGAAAAUAAUGUUAAUGUCUUAAGUGUCAAUAUGGAACUCCGAAACACAGUGUAGGUUUUUGAAUCUAUGUGAAAUAUAAGCAUUCAUACAUUUAUCCAUGGUAAUAACUACUGUGUGUUAAGAAGAAUGUCUAAAUGAAGAAAUAAGGAAAGCACAUCCUCUUGUAUGCUUAGCACACAUUUAGUUCAUAAUGUGUCAAUGGUGUAAACCCAUAUAAAUAAGUAGCUAAUGUAAAACCAGUUUCUAAUUCUUAGUAUAGUAUAGUUUAUUUGUAUAACAUUUCAUAAGUUAGCUACCUCUUUAUUUUUGACGUUUUGCUGCAUAUGUAUAUUCAUUUCUCAUGGGAUAGGAAGUCCUUCCCCUGCAGGGUAUACCAUCAUCGUGUCCAUAUAAUUGGUUUAUAUAGUUUAAAUGUGUCGGACACGUAUGCUGUGUUUAACUUGGUUUAGUAGCAGCAGCCAGUUCAAGCGGCAGAAAACUGCUUCCUUUCUGUUUUGUGAAAAACUCCAUCAGAACAGCCUCUGAGCGCCUUUUAUUCCUCAGUGCAGCCAGUUUAUCAGCACAGUUUUCCAAACGAGCUGAACCAUGUGGGGAGUCAGAUACAUUAUCUGUGUGUGUGUGUGUGUCCCGGUGUCUCAGAUAAGACUGUGAGGUUUGCUCUUCUGUCUCUGCAUCAGUACUGUCCUUCAUUCACCGGCAACUCUAAUCUUCUCAGACUUGUAAUGAAUAUGGAGACAGCCCAGAGAAUAAGUGCUUGUGUCGACAUGGCAGGCUGAUCAUGGACAGUACACCUGACAAUGCCUUUCGCUCACUCUGUCAGGGCUUCCCAUGAGGCUUUGAAAACCACUGUGGGAAAAGAGGGGUGUGGACAAUAAACCGUUCAGCUUUGUUUGUCGCUGACCACAAAAUACCAGGUGUCAUAGUGUCUGAUGCCACUGGUGUUUUGAACAUGUCGAGGACUGAAACACAACAUUGGGUUGUCUUUCUUUUUCCUCGCAGCUGCAGACGUCUCAUUUCACCCGCCUGCAUGGGCUCAGGAGCUGCAGGCCCGGCCUCCCAGAAAAAAAAGAAGAAAAAGAUCUCUAUCUGAUGUAACGGAAAAGAAACCACAACAAUGUGCGCUACUUUCUGCUCCCCAGAGAGGAGUUCAGCAACAAAGCACUUCGACUGAACUCUUCUGUGUAAUC